AUGAAAUUAAUAAAACCAGAAUGGAUUGAACAUGGACCAAAAGAAAGUCUAUCAUCACUACAUAUUAAUCCUGAAGGUAUUCGUGUUGCCAUAGCUGGUAAAUAUAAUGCUGUCGAUUGUAUUCGUAUAUUUCGUCUUGCAUCAAUACUCGAUGAAAACUAUCAAAAACAAUCGAGACUUCUUUGUCGUAUCGAUACACAAUGUCCACUAUGCGUGCGAUUUUCAUAUACAAGUGAUGUUCUAGCUGUUGCUAGUCGUCAAAGUGUACUACUCUAUCAUCUAACAGCAACAAAUCCAAACGUAACAAAUCAACCAGUUCAAUCGUCAUCAUCAUUCGGUGAUUUUCCUGAAACUUGGCGUCUUCGUUCAAGUCUAUCAUCUGGCCAUGUUGCUGAUAUAUUGGAUAUAGCAUGGUCUCCGUCGAACGAUCAUUAUUUAGCAUCAUGUUCAAUUGAUAAUCAUAUUUGUAUUUAUGCGUGGCCAUCGGCUACACUUGUAACAACACUUCGAGGACAUACAGGUCUUGUUAAAGGAUUAGCGUGGGAUCCUACGGGCCUUCUAUUAACAUCACAAUCAUCUGAUGGAACAGUUAAAGUAUGGUCAAGUACAUCAUGGCAAUGUGAACAAACAAUCAAAGAACCUUUUGAUGGUUGUGCUGAAUCUACAUCAUUUCUUCGACUUGAUUGGUCACCCGAUGGUACCAUGUUUACAACAGCUCAUGCAAAAAAUAAUACGUUUCCAGUUGCAGCUUGUGUGAUACGUGGAGCAUCAACAGUUGACGCUGAAUUUGUUGGUCAUCGUCGAGAAGUAACAUGUGCACGUUUCUUACAAAGAAUUCUAUUAAUCAAUGGUCGUCGUCGAUGUUUAUUAGCUAUUGGAAGUAAAGAUCGAACAUUAUCAUUAUGGUUAACAAGUCCGCGACAACCACUUUGUGUAGUCAAUGACUUUUUCGCCUCAGGUAUACUUGAUAUGUCAUGGUGUUUAAAUGAUGAUAAUGGUUUAAUUACGCUUGGCAUUUGUUCGCCUGAUGGUGCUUGUGCUUUUAUUAUAUUUAAUAAAGAUGAACUAGGCACACCAUUAACACGUCCGGAAAUGGCGAAAUUUUAUAGUGACAUGUACAAAGUUAACAUGUCGAUACCAACGAAAGCAAUUACAAAUGGUACGCUGAUGACAAAUGGAAAUGGUCACAGUCAUCAUGUACCACCAUCAACAACAGUCAAAGCAACAUUAGCUAAUCAAACUGAACGUCGAUUAGGUGAUGGUCGUCGUUGUAUUAAACCAUUGUGUAUCGAUACUCAUGCAGCUGCACCACCUUCAACGACAGCAACAACAAUAUCAAAAGCUCCAUCACCAUCGCGGCCUACAACAGUUUCUACAUCUGUUCCUGCACCUUCUUCGAAUUCAUCAUCGGUUCGUCCUAUGCCUACGAUUCCGAUUGAUCCAAAACCUACCAAAGGUGUUAUUCGAUCAUCAACUUCAUCCAUUACAUUACCUUCAUCAAUUAGUUCAACAGCAUUAUUUCCUCCUGUUAAAUUGCAACCUAAUCUAAUACGUAAAAUUAAUAAUGAAUAUGAAUUACGGACAGAAAAAUCCGAUCAACUUUAUAUAUUAUCAUGUAUUAACGAAAAAACAAAAUUAGCACAAUGGAAAAAUGUCUUUCAAUCACCGCUAUUGGCUAUACAGGCAACUAAAAAUUUCAUUGCAAUUGUUACUCUAAACGAAACACAACAUUGCUCGGAGUUAUUUGUCUUACAACGGCAAAGUGGUCUACGUUUAUAUUCAAAUAUUGUUCUAACACAAACAUUAGCUGGUCUUUAUAUAUCAGAAAAUGCUAAUAAUAUACAACGAGCAACUAUUUCAUUAAUUUACAUUACUGGCUUAUUAACGGUAUUCGAGAUAACACGUCAUUCAAUGAUAUGUCCUAUAAUUGAUGUUAACAUUUCACAUUUAUUACCACCGCAUGCAUCAAUAGUAGAUAUUUUUACGUUAAAUCACAUCAAUUCGGAUACUGUAUGUUUAAUAACUAGUACGGGACAUUUAUAUGGAUUUGAUAAUGUGCUCAAACAUUGGACAUGUUUAUUUCAUAAGCACGAUUUUGUAUCUGACUUUGCUCUUCCACCUGAAUUAACAUCUUCGGGUCCCCUGUCGACAUUAACGAAAUCAUAUUGUACUACAAUGAACGAUGAUACUUACCAAAAGAAUUUAUAUUCAUCAUCAAAUCGUGAAUUACUUGUCUCUGCAUAUCUUGAAACACAAAUUCAUCGUUCUCGUGUACUUCAUUCGUCGCGUGAAUAUUAUUUUUGGUUAACAAGUUUCGUUCGAUUUCUUGCAAGUUCAUCACUCGACGAUAAAUCUCUAAAAUUAAAAUCAAUACUAGAUCAUAUAGCUGAACAUGUACAUAGUACACCUACGAAUUCAACUACAAGUUUCAUGCCUUUAAAAACAAAAGAUGAAUAUCAAAAUUUAUUAAAUGAAUGUUUGACUAUUCUUCGCAAUCAUGAUGAUGCAUCAACAUUAGUUCAGCAUUAUGAACAAACAUGA